AAAAUGCCUCGCAUUCGCAUGCAAUUAUAGUGGUUAAGUCAUAAGUGUGUGUAGUGGGGGAUUUCCUGGGGCCUAUCCAUUGAACCGUUUACUUUCUUGGUCGACCUAAAACUAUGUCUUUUUCUUAUAUAUAGUUUGCAAUUGUUGCGAGUUUUGUGCUUCAGGGGUUGUGAAAAAACCAGUUGUUUGUGAUAAUGACGAUGAUGACGACGGAGACGGGCGAGAUUAGCCGGAGAAAGCUUAACAAGUAUGCCUGUGCUUGUGCUGUAGUGGGCUCUAUGAUAUCUAUCAUAUUUGGCUAUGAUACUGGUGUGAUGAGUGGUGCCAUGAUUUUUAUUAAAGAAGAGUUCACAAUCAAGGAAGGACAAGUCGAAGUCCUCGCCGGGAUCCUAAACCUGUGCGCACUCGUGGGGUCCUUGUGCGCCGGAAGGACCUCUGAUUACAUCGGCAGAAGAUUUACGAUAGUCAUGGCUUCUGUAAUCUUCAUGUUGGGUUCAAUUCUCAUGGGGUAUGCCCCGAAUUAUGGAGUUCUUAUAGCCGGAAGGUGCACGGCGGGUGUCGGUGUUGGCUUUGCUUUGAUGAUAGCGCCGGUAUACGCUGCCGAGAUAUCAUCAGCCAACACCCGUGGUUUCCUGUCAUCUUUACCGGAAAUCGGCAUCAGCGUGGGCAUAUUGCUCGGCUACAUUUCCAACAACGUGUUUGCAAAGUUGAGCCUGGAACUUGGGUGGAGAAUGAUGCUUGGAAUUGCGGCGGUCCCAUCUCUUUUCUUGGCCAUUGGGAUUCUCAAGAUGCCCGAGUCUCCGCGGUGGCUCAUAAUGCAAGGAAAAGUCGGGGAAGCCAAGAAAAUACUGUAUAAAGUAUGUGAUGAUAGUGAAGAAGCUGAACAACGGUUGAAAGACAUCAAAAGGGCCGCCGGAAUAGAUGAAAACUGCACCGCUGACGUCGUCAAAAUCCCGAAAUCAAGAACCGAAGGUGAAGCCGGAGUGUGGGGAGAACUGCUCAUCAGGCCAACCACUACCGUCCGCCGUAUGUUAAUUGCCGGCGUCGGGAUCCAUUUCUUCGAACAUGCGACUGGAACUGAAGCUGUGAUUCUAUACGGCCCGAGAAUCUUCAGAAAGGCCGGCGUCAUGGCGAGGAGGAAGCUGCUGAUGGCUACAGUCGGAGUCGGCCUGACAAAGCUGACAUUUAUAACGAUUUCCACCUUCAUAAUCGACAAAAUAGGCCGUCGAAAACUGCUGCUUUUCAGCAUUGCUGGCAUGAUUGUGACGUUGACGGGGCUAGCCACCUGCCUGACGGUGGUGGAGCGCUCCGACGAGAAGCUGUUGUGGGCGCUGGUGCUUAGUUUGAUCUUCGUCUACGGGUUCAUAAUGUUCUUCAACAUCGGGCUUUGCCCUGUUUGCUGGGUUUACAGUUCCGAGAUAUUCCCGACGAAGCUGAGGGCGGCGGGGGUCAGCAUCAGCGUGGGGGUGAACAGGGUGAUGAAUGCCACGGUUUCAAUGACAUUUUUGUCUCUGUCGUCGGCCAUAACCAUUGGUGGGGCCUUCUACUUGUUCGCCAGUGUGUCAGUGGUGGCCUGGUUUUUCGUCUACUUCUGCUUGCCGGAGACGAAGGGGCGGAGCCUGGAGGAGAUGGAGGAAGUUUUUAGUAAAGAUGGCGAUGACAAGAAUGAGAAGAAGCAAUUGGAGCUUGUGAAGAAUUAUCCCUGUGAAAAUUAUCCGCAAUUUGCAAUCGUCGCGAGUUUUGUGCUUCAAGGGUUGCGAGAAAACCAGUUGUUUGUGAUAAUGACGAUGAAGACGGUCGAGAUUAGCCGGAGAAAGCUUAACAAGUACGCCUGUGCUUGUGCUGUAGUGGGCUCUAUGAUAUCUAUCAUAUUUGGCUAUGAUACUAGUGUGAUGAGUGGUGCCAUGAUUUUUAUUAAAGAAGAGUUCACGAUCAAGGAAGGACAAGUCGAAGUCCUCGCCGGGAUCCUAAACCUGUGCGCAUUCGUGGGGUCCUUGUGCGCCGGAAGGACCUCUGAUUACAUCGGCAGAAGAUAUACGAUAGUCAUGGCCUCUGUAUUCUUCAUGUUGGGUUCAAUUCUCAUGGGGUAUGCCCCGAAUUAUGGAGUUCUUAUAGCCGGAAGGUGCACGGCGGGUGUCGGUGUUGGCUUUGCUUUGAUGAUAGCGCCGGUAUACGCUGCCGAGAUAUCAUCAGCCAACACCCGUGGUUUCCUGUCAUCUUUACCGGAAAUCGGCAUCAGCGUGGGCGUAUUGCUGGGCUACAUUUCCAACAACCUGUUUGCGAAAUUGAGCCUGGAACUUGGGUGGAGAAUGAUGCUCGGAAUUGCGGCGGUCCCAUCUCUUCUCUUGGCCAUUGUGAUUCUCAAGAUGCCCGAGUCUCCGCGGUGGCUCAUAAUGCAAGGAAAAGUCGGGGAAGCCAAGAAAAUACUGUAUAAAGUAUGUGAUGACUGUGAAGAAGCUGAACAGCGGUUGAAAGACAUCAAAAGGGCCGCCGGAAUAGAUGAAAACUGCACCGCUGACGUUGUCAAAAUCCCGAAAUCAAGAACCGAAGGUGAAGCCGGAGUGUGGGGAGAACCGCUCAUCAGGCCAACCCCUAUCGUCCGCCGUAUGUUAAUUGCCGGUGUCGGGAUUCAUUUCUUCGAACAUGCGACUGGACCUGAGGCUGUGAUUCUAUACGGCCCGAGAAUCUUCAGAAAGGCCGGCGUCAUGGAGAGGAGGAAGCUGCUGAUGGCUACAGUCGGAGUCGGCCUGACAAAGCUGACAUUUAUAAUGAUUUCGACCUUCAUAAUCGACAAAAUAGGCCGUCGAAAACUGCUGCUUUUCAGCAUUGCUGGCAUGAUUGUGACGUUGACGGGGCUAGCCACCUGCCUGACGGUGGUGGAGCGCGCCGACGAGAAGCUGUUGUGGGCGCUGGUGCUUAGUUUGAUCUUCGUCUACGGGUUCAUAAUGUUCUUCAACAUCGGGCUUUGCCCUGUUUGCUGGGUUUACAGUUCCGAGAUAUUCCCGACGAAGCUGAGGGCGGCGGGGGUCAGCAUCAGCGUGGGGGUGAACAGGGUGAUGAAUGCCACGGUUUCAAUGACAUUUUUGUCUCUGUCGUCGGCCAUAACCAUUGGUGGGGCCUUCUACUUGUUCGCCAGUGUGUCAGUGGUGGCCUGGUUUUUCGUCUACUUCUGCUUGCCGGAGACAAAGGGGCGGAGCCUGGAGGAGAUGGAGGAAGUUUUCAGUAAAGAUGGCGAUAACAAGAACGAGAAGAAGCACUUAGAACUUGUGAAGAGUUGAUUGUAUGUCGCCUUUGUUGUGUUUGAUCAUCUAAAACGAAUCAAUCCCUUCUGUCACAACAAGAAUGGAGAUUGGAAUUCAGAGUUUGUAGUUAGGUACUGAAA